AUGUACGAUAUAAAGAUUUUGAAUAUUGAAGGAAGUUGUACAGACAUUCCUUCAAGAGAAAUUAAUAAAAUCUGCCGGGCAUGUCUUAAGCAAGAGGGUACAAUAAAUUUAUUUCAAAACAAACACAAAGAUUUACUGUUUUGUGAAUUAUUUACAUUAUUUUCUUUAUUUCAAGCAGAGCAAGAAGAUGGUUUUCCACAAAAUAUAUGCCAAUUUUGUGCAGAUUUAGUAACACAAUUCUAUUCUUUUAAGCAGAUUAUUAAAGAAAAUCACAUUAUUUUACAAAUAUCAUCAGAAAUAAACAAUUUAGAUAAAUCAGCAUCAUUUAAAGAUGAUUUGGUUACAGCAAAAAUAAGGCAGCCUAAUGUUGAUAGUACAAAUUCUGACCUCAUUUUGGAUAUACUUAAUGAUAAAGAAAAUGUUGAAAUCACCAAUGGCAAUUCUAUAAGGUUGGAAACCUCAAAUAAGCCUGAAAAUGAAGAUAAUUUAUCUUUACCAUUAGAUCAUGAUUAUGCCAAAAUUUGUAAUGUCGAAAUUGCUUGUCCAUGUUGUUUUCAGAAGUUUAGUAGUGAAUAUGAAUUUAUGAGUCACAGAAUGAGGGAAGCUAAACAAAUAGAAAGUAGUAGCAACAUAGAAGAGUUUACUUGUCUCUUCUGCUAUAAUAAAUUUGGCUCUAGAAAUGAUUUUUUUGAUCACAUGAAACUACUAUCUGAUGAAAAUGAGCUUAAACCAAUUGUUGAAGAAUAUACAUGUCCCAAAUGUAAUCUAAAGUUAAACUCGAGAUGUGAAUUUCUAAAACACAGAAGAGAAGAAAUAAAUGAAGAAAUAAAUGAUGUUCCAGAACCUCUAACGACCUUUAAAAGAGAAAAUGAAGGAUAUACAUGUCCUAAAUGUAAUCUAAAGUUUAACUCCAGAUUUGAAUUUCUAAAACACAGAAGAGACGAAAGAAAUGGUGUUUCAGAACCUCUAAAGAUCUCUAAAAAAGAAUAUCAUUGUAAACGUUGCAAACUUAAAUUCAAUACCCAUAAAGAAUAUGCUGAACACAAAAAACAAGAAUUUAUUGGAUAUACCUGCACUGUUUGCAAUAUUAAAUUUUUAUCCAGAACUGAAUACAUACUUCAUAAAAAGGAAGAAGCUGCAAAAAAACCAAAAAUUAUUCCGGGCGUAGAAUUUGUGUGUCCUUACUGUUCUCUUAAGUUUUAUUCAAGAGGUGAAUAUAUGAAACACAGAAAAGAGGAAGCUAGAAAAAAAUCAUUAUGCCCUUAUUGUAAAAAAGUCUUACAUACAAGUCGUUUUGAUAAUCAUUUAAGAUCAAUACAUAAAAAACUACCACCUUUAACUUGCGAUAUUUGCAAAAAACGGUUUGUUUCAUCAACUUGUUACAACAAACACAUUAUAGCUCACAGAGAUGGUUUCGCCUGUGAGAUUUGUGGUAGGAAAUGUUUAUCUGCAAAUGCACUGACAACUCAUAAAAAAACACAUGAGAGAGAAAAGCCUGUGUUUACUUGUGAAAUUUGUGGCAAGAUUUACAAGCUCGCAUAUUUAUUCAGGGAACAUAUGUAUGUUCACACAGGCGAAAAACCUUUCUUGUGCUCUGUUUGUGGAGCUACAUUUAUUUCCCAAUCCAAACUUAACCAACAUACCCUCGACAAACACACUGAGCGACCCUUUAAAUGUGAAUUGUGUGGAAACAUCUAUGAUACUGAAGAAAAAUUAAAUCGGCACACUAAAAGACAUGAAGAUGGAAAAAAUAAUGUGUGCAACAUCUGUGGACAAGAAUUUUUGAUGAGAUCUUGUCUUACUAUGCAUUUAAAAAGUCAUGAUCUAAUACGUGUAACACGUAUAGGAAAAAAGAGGAAAGUGUCAUGUUUAACUUGCUAUAAAGAAUAUUUUGAACAUAAUUUAGUAAAUUUUCAAAUGCAUAUAAGGACUCAUUUAGGCCAAUCUCCAUAUCUUUGUCUAUUUUGUGGAAAACAGUUCCAUGAAGAAAAUGAAUAUAAUAUUCAUAUGGCAUUGCAUGGUAACAGGAGAUUGAAAAAACUUCAUAAGUGCGAUAUUUGCUUUGGGAUAUUCGCUUCAAAUGCAGCACUAUCCAAUCAUAUGAGGUGUCAUACAGGGGAAAAACCUUUCCAGUGCACUCAGUGUGGAAAAUCCUUUAAUACAAGGACUCACUUGAAAACACACAUGUUUUGGCACACAGGUCAAAAGCCUUUCUUAUGUAAAUAUUGUAAUAAAUCCUUUGCUAUGAAAGGUAAUUGUGUGCAACAUGAAAGAACACAUGAAGGCAGUGGAGAUUAUAACUGCAGAAUAUGUGGAAAACAAUUUCAUACUGGCAGUAAUUUAAGGAAACAUCACCAGAAAAUACACAUAAAGAGCUUUCCUGGAAAUGAUAUGCCCAUUUUGUCUUAA